AAUCUGACCCGAUCCCUUCUUCCGUGUGUUUGCUGCUCUAAAUGUGCUGUGCUAGUGGUACAUGGAAACGACGGAUUUGUUGAUUUAUUAGAAACAGAGAAGAUGAGUCCUGGUCAGUGGGAUCUCCCUCCAGAGCUCUGUUGCCGACCAAUGGCAUUUGUUGCUUUGACUGGUCUUGAUGUGGUGUACAACGCCGUUCACAGAGCCAUUUGGGAUGCUUUUUGUGCAAACAGAAGAGCGGACAGAGUACCAAUUUCCUUUAAAGUCCUUCCUGGCGACCACGAGUAUCCAAAAUGCAGAACAAAGAGGUCAUCUUAUGAAUGGUAUAUCCCUAAAGGUAUUCUGAAGACAGGCUGGAUGAACAAACAUUUAAACCUUGUGCCUGCUUUAGUUGUGGUGUUUUAUGAGUUGGACUGGGAUGAAACUCAGUGGAAAGAGAAACAGUCUGAAUGUGCAACCAAAGUAGAAAUUGUCAGGACAAGUUUGCAGGGCCGGAACACAAAAGUUGCUGUUGUUUUAAUUCAGAAGAAAACUCCUUUACCACCAGGUGAAGAUGUUGUUGCAUCAGAAAGAGCAGCUGCUCUUUGCAAUGCCUGUGAUCUUUCUGGAAAAUCUCUUUUUGUUCUUCCACAUACUGAUCAUCUUGUUGGUUACAUUAUUCGGUUAGAGAAUGCUUUUUAUGAGCAUGCUCAAACAUAUUAUUACACUGAAAUAAGGAAAGUGAAGUCCCAUAAAGAAUUUCUGAAUAAAACCACUCACCAGCUUCUGUUUGUGAGACAUCAGUUUAAGAUAGCAUUCUUCAGUGAGCUGAAGCAAGACACACAGAAUGCCCUAAAGUAUUAUCGGACUGCUUACAACCUUGUUCAUGAAUUGAGAGCUCAUGAAACAAAUAUGUUGGAAAUAAAGAAUAUGGCUGGAUUUAUUAACUACAAGAUAUGCCGACUUUGUUUUCAACACAGCAUACCACUGGAAGCUAUUGCACAGUUCAGGAAACACAUUGACCUUUGUAAGAAAAAAAUUGGAAGUGCAGAGCUGGGUUUUGAGCACAUUGCCUGGAUGUCUAAACAAUUUCAGUCAUUUGGUGAUCUUUUUGAUGAGGCAGUCAAGUUGGGUCUUACAGCAAUCCAGACCCAGAAUCCUGGAUUUUAUUACCAGCAAGCUGCAUAUUAUGCACAAGAACGAAAGCAGCUUGCAAGUCAACUAUGUAGUCAUGAGGCAUCUGUCAGUUAUCCUAGUCCUGAUCCACUGGAAACACCUAAUGGAACACUGGAUUUUUAUGGCCAAAGGCCUUGGAGACAGGGGCAUCAAAGUAUCGAUCCUCCUGACCCAGAAAAAGAAAAAAGUGGCAUUUUAGCUUUGCAGCUCAAAGAAAGAGAUGUUCCACACUCAGAACUGAUUAUUGCACUUCUAAGCAGUGCAGUUGCUCAAUUUAAAAAAUAUAAAUGUCCAAGAAUGAAGAGCCAUCUAAUGGUACAGAUGGGUGAGGAGUAUUACCAUGCAAAAGACUACACAAAGUCGUUAAAAUUGCUCGAUUAUGUGAUGUGUGAUUAUCGCACAGAACGUUGGUGGACACUGCUGACUUCUAUCUUGGCAACAGCUCUAAAGUGUUCUUACUUAAUGGGACAAGUUAAAGACUAUAUUACAUACUCACUGGAACUCAUUGGAAGGGCUUCCACACUUAAAGAAGAUCAGAAAUCACGAAUUGAAAAGAACCUUAUCAAAGUGUUAAUGAAUGAGUGUCCUGACACUGAACCAGAAUGUGACCCAGCUACUGUAAAAACUGCACAGAACCUCUGGGCUGAUCGUGUAUCACUUGCUGGCAGCAAUGACUUUAUAAUUGAAGUGCAGGACUAUGUGCCUUUUGUUCAGUGCAAGGCCAGAUUCUUGUCUCCUAGUUUUCAUGUAGAUGUUCCUGUCCAGCUGCAUGUAUACUUGAAAGCAGACUGCCCUCAUCCUAUCAGAUUCUCCAAGCUGUGUGUGAGCUUUAAUAAUCAGGAAUAUAACCAGUUUUGUGAAGUUGAGGAACCCUAUGAAUCAAAUGAUAUCCUGGAGCCUUCAGGACAAGGAAAUAUGUGCUUGGUUCCAGGAAAAACAAGAAAAUAUAAUUUUAAGUUUGUGGCAAGGACAGAAGAUGUCGGCAAGAAAAUUGAAAUUACUGAAAUAGACCUCAUGCUGGGUAACAAGAAUGGGAGGUAUAUGUUUCUUAAGUGGCGUGGUGGAGGUGGGGAUGCUGCUUCACCUCACGAGGCAUUGCAGGCAUCAAGGUCCUUUAAACGCAGGCCAAGACUUGCAGACAAUCAAGUGGACUGGGAUUCUGUAUCUAUUCAGGCAAAUACAAUGGUAAUUUCUCGAAUUCCAAAGAUUUCAGUGCAACUCCAUCAUGAACCACCUGCUUUAACCAAUGAAAUGUAUUGUAUGAUGGUCAACAUAGACUCUCAGGAAGAUUCACUAAUUAGAGACAUCAAACUUACUGUGGGCCUAAAACCAGGUCAGGAUGCUAAUUUAACACAGACAACACAUGUCACAUUAAAUGGAACAGAAGUGUGUGACGACUCCCAUCCUGCAUUGCUUCAUGACAUUUUCAUUGGAGAACUGCACCCUGGACAAAAGAUUGUAAAGCCAGUGUAUUUCCGUUGUGUGACAACUGGAUCAAGAAUAUUUUUAGUACAUGUAUCAUAUAUUGUGAAUACAUCUGUAGAGGGUAAAGAAAUCAUGUGCAAAUGUCAUAAGGAUGAAACAGUUAACAUAGAAACAGUAGUUCCAUUUGAUGUUGCUAUGAAGUUUGUUUCCACAAGGUUUGAGCAUCUGGACCGUAUGUAUGUUGACAUCCCCUUCCUCUUAAUGACGGAUAUACCGAGUGCUUCUCCUUGGCCUCUUAAAUUGUUCUCCAGUCAGUUGCAACUUACUUCUUCAGUGGUAGCUGUUGAUAACUUAGACUCCCAGAUUGAGGAAGUUGUUUUACAGACAGGGGAAAGUGCCAGUGAAUGUUUCUGUGUAAAAUGUCCAUCAGUUACCAGUAACACUAGUGGAGUAACAACUGGCCGUUACACUAUUUCUUGGAAAAGAGAGUCGAAUAAUGAAAAGCUUCCAGUUGUUUGCACUUCAGUAACUCUACCACGUAUAACAGUGGAAGCAAUUCCAUUAUAUGUUCAUGCAGAUUUGCCAUCCUUUGGUCGAGUGCGGGAAUCCCUGCCUGUAAAGUAUCAUAUCCAGAAUCGAACCAGCCAAGUGCAGGAUGUGGAGAUGUCUGUAGAGCCUAGUGAUGCUUUCAUGUUUUCUGGUCUAAAGCAGGUUCGCAUGCGUAUCCUGCCCGGCGAUGAGCAAGAAAUGCUAUACAACUUUUAUCCUCUAAUGGCUGGCUAUCAGGUCCUUCCAUCGCUUAACAUUAAUCUUUUGCGUUUUCCAGGAGUUAGUAGUCAACUCCUGAGACGCUUCUUGCCAACACGUAUAUUUAUCAAGCCUCAAGGACGGCAAGUUGAUGAUGCCUCAAUUGCAGCUGCUUAAAAUAUACAGUGAAGGAAGCAACAAAUCUGUAUUAUUUAUGACCCUUUUAUGAAUUUAAAAACAUCAUGAGAGCAAAUGAAAAGUUGAUUGACUUGAAGUGUUGCAGGUUUUGUUUUUUUUAGCAUUGUAUCAAAAUUUCUGCUAUAUUGUGAUACAAGUGUUUUUUAAAAAAUAUAUAUAUAUAUAGAUAGAUGUUCAUUUGGCUCAUAGAACACAUAACAUAGGUAAUUGUAAAACAUAUGAAUAUAAUGACAAUAUUAAGCAGUAGUUUUGAAUGAAAAGUGGCUAUACCAACACCUUAGCAGGAUAACUUUUUUGUGUUGACUUAAGUAUCUUUUUUUGUAUAUAUUUUUUUUUAUAGUUUUGGCAGUUAACAUGAUCAUGUCAAGGCUGUACUAAUUGAAAACAAAUUUAAUGCUGUAAUAACAGCUGAAUCUAUUAAAUGUAUACAUCUAUAAUGAUAGCUGUUUUAAAAAAUGUAACAGUUGUGUUGAAUGCUAAAUGAAUACUCUAAAUAAAGGAGUUUUGUACUACUUACAGCACAAUCAACACCAGACAAGAGGCCCUCUGUCUCUCUCUCUCUCUCUCUCUCUCUUGUAUAGAUUAUCAUAUACUCAUUAUUAACACAUGACAUUUUAAACCAUACAUUAGUAUGGUACUACCAUAAUUAUAUGUCCAAAAAUUGUUCAGUGGAUAUAUUUUGGUGCAGUACACAUAAUUUGUGCUAUUCACAAGUGUCUGUUUAAUUUUAUUUGUCAUAGCCUAUGUUUUGCACCUAAUGAAAAAAUGUAAUCUGAAAGUUAAAAUUGUUUAAUAAUCAUUGUUAAUUCAUUUUUAUCAUACCACGUUUUGAAGAAAAUAAGCAUGUGUAUGGUUUCAAAGGUUUUUCUAUACUUUUAGAAAUGAGAACCUGAGUCCAUUUUGUCUUUGCAUUGUACAGAAAAACUGAACAUUAAUAUAAAAAUUAUUGAUUAUAUAUAUUUUAAAGUCA